UUUAUAUUAAGCGACAACUGCUAGUAUUAUUAUAUCUUUCUCUAGAUCAACAUACACAACUCUACAUAGCUGACAUUGUAACUCACUGAUGUAUACUACUAGACUGUUGCUUAUUUUACGUGAUGUUUAUAAAGAAUUAGCUGCAUAGUAGAGAGUGCUUCAAUAAGGUCGAGAAGGCGAAUAUAAACUGACAUUUUGAUGUUUUCACCGGUCGACUCUACUAGAAAGGGGAAUGAAUUUAGGAGAUAUCACCAUCUAGUGGUCGAUAGACGGAGCCGAUAGACAGUGAAAAGCCAGAGAAUAAGGCAACCUAUACUAGUCGAUUGAUUUGUCUCGUGAUACACAGCACUCGGAGCGUGGCCAGUUCAACGCUAUAGUUAUUGUACGAACGUUAUGGCAAAGACGUCAGUGGUGCCCUGUAGAGUCUGCAAGUCGCAAAACUCUAUCUUUGUCCUUUGACGUCUUCGUUACCAGUCGGAGAGCUGACGUGUGCCACGGUUUGGCAGCAGUCCACCAUCGAUUUAGCUGUUGCAUAUGCACCAGGAUGCACGCUGACAUAUUGUGUAAAGUUUGAGCGCUUGUUAUUUUAGUUUUACAGCAUUAAGAGUUAUGUAUGUGACAUCAUGGUAGAUUAUACUCCAAGCUCUAGCCGUUUCCUAGAUGCUCUCAUAAAUCAUAACAGUGAAUCAUGCGCAACAUACAAAAUUGUGACUAAAACGCAUUGCCUACAAGUGAAGAAGAAUGUGUAAAAUGUUAUUGAAUUCAAUAUAGCUGGUUGUGCCUGUUUACAACCCCACUUUUAUAAUAUAUAGGUAAUAUUUUACUAUAUCAUCCUAAUACCGUAUUGUGCUACCUUAUUACAGUGUAGCACGUGGCGAAACAACAAUUAAGGUCAGAGUGGCUGAGGUUCUGGGUGCCAUGCCAGCAUCCCCUGGGUGCGAAGAGGUCACUCAAGUUAUUUGCGAAAAGCACCCGUUGUACCGACACGAAAGUGACGAAAGUGGACAAAGUGGACGUAGUGGAGAUAGUAAUAAAAGUAGUGGAAAUUCACAAAUGAGUCGAGACGCUGGAUUAAGCAGCCGGCUGCAGAAGAAAGAUGGUAAUAACAUGCAGCACACUAAAGGGGCUGGUGGAACCAGAAUUGACUUUGGGGAAUAUUACCCUGACGGUGGUUGGGGUUGGGUUGUUGUCAUAGCAGCAACUUUAGUUCACAUUCUUUGUAAUGGAUUUCAUUUCUCUUAUGGUAGUCUAUACUUGGAGAUAAGACACACCUAUAAAACAGAUGAGAUUGAUACUGCUUGGCUUGGAAGUCUUGGUAUUGGCAUAUCCCUUUUCAUAUCACCUUUUGUAACCAUCAUCUGUCGGCGGAAGAGUCCACGGUUGUAUGCAGUUAUUGGAGGAUUGAUAUGUGCUUUAGGAUGUUUAUUCCUCGCCUUCUCCACUCAACCCGAGCAGUUAUUUAUCAGUCAUUGUGUGGUGAUGUCCCUCGGAAGUGGUAUAACAUUGUCUACAGCUAAUAUCAUGGUCGGGCGCUAUUUUAGAAGACGACGUGAAUUGGCGGAGAUGAUUCUUGUGUCUGGAACUGGAAUAGGCACAGCUGUCAUGUCGGUGCUGUUCCGAAAGUUAAUAGGGGCAAUAAAAUGGAUGUAUGCAUUACAGAGUGUAGCAGGACUUCUGGUAUUAACUAUUAUAGCUGGAGCUCUGUACCGUUCUGCUUCACUUUAUCAUCCUCGUAGAAAAGUUAUACUUCAUUUAAAAAAUCAGAAGAAAAAUAGAAGAGACAGAGAGGCGGAAAAACCGCCAUAUUUAGACUUCAGUGCUCUCAAAAUGAGAUCGUUACAAGCAUUGUUAGCUAUAUGUGGAAUAGUGGCCAUUGGAAUACAUGUUCCAUUCAUAACGCUAAUGAGAACAGCGUCAGAAAAUAAGAAUAUAGAUGGCGAUCACCUGUUAUUACUUAACGUGUAUUUAGGUGUUGGCUUUGUGAUCGGAUGUUGUGCCUUGGGAUAUAUUAUAAUUAAAAAUAGUAAUGACUGCUCCAUUUCCAGGCGCCAUUUGUGUCAAACUUCAGCCAUUUUGUGUGGUGUUUUUACGCUUCUGUUUAUUAUGGCACAGGAUCAUAAUGCACAUUCACUAUAUGCGUGGGCUUAUGGUAUAUGUUGUGGUAGUUACUAUCUAACUUUAAAAAUGUACGCAUAUGAAUUGGUAAGGCACAAACUUAUGGAACGGGCGUGGAGCUUUGUUUGUGCUGUACAGUGUUUUCCCUUUCUUUUUGGAGCUCCCGUGGCUACCUAUCUAAAAGAUGCCCAUUUAAAUGAUGUUGGAGGGUAUAUAUUUGCUGGUGUUGCGAUGAUUGUUGGUGGUUUGUUAUUUUAUACGAUGCCGUAUUUUGAGAGACACCCUUCUAAUCAGGAAAUACUACAGAAACAAAACAGUUCUUGCAGUGCACACAUGUCAGAAGCCGCUGCUUUACUUGACCUUGAACUAUCUGAGGCCUUGACCUCUAAGCCUUUAAACAAUCUACAAUGUAUUAUGUCACAUUCCAAACUAAAACCCAACUGUAAGGACGGGAAUAAAAUUCAAUUACAGUGUUAUAUUCAACACAAAGAAAGGGAAAAACCCAAACAAUUGGUUCUGUCAAAAAUAGCUGAGGAACGUGACGGAACCCGUAUUAAUGAAAUGACGCAUAAUAACAAGAUGGCGGACUGUAUGACCAAUAAAAACGAGUUUUCGGAAUCAGCAACUGAUGGUCCAUCAGACAGCACUUUCUCUAAUAAUACUGACAAAUCCAGUAGUAAAGACAGUAACUCGGUCAAAACCAACGAUAGCAAAAAAAGCAAGAAAAACGACGUUAGGAUUGACCUUUUUGACCCGCCUAGCCAGGAAAAGGAGUCGACGGCCACGGUUUCGUAUGACAGUGAUUUGUAUAUAAAUCUGUGUGAAGCUCAAGUAUGAAUAUGGUUUGAAAUUGAAUACAUUCUUGACUAGCAAUUUGUUAAUGAAUGACAGCGAUUUUUAUUGAUGUUUUAUAAAGUGCGACCUGGAUAUAAACUAACUAUAACGAACAUUUAAUCUUAAGUGUGUGAUGUUGAUGUUUUUAAUAUUCGUUGUGAGGCCUGUUUUCUUGAUCUUGAAUACCUGAAAACAUUCGUUUACCUCUCCACUGGUAUAACACGGGUUUUAAAUCGAAUCUUGUUUAUCUCUUCUAGUGCUUGUAUUGUUUGCUUCUAUAGUAGUUCUGACGUAAGUAAUUUCAAAGAAUGAUACAGUGCUAUUCAAAUAAACUUGAUGUAGAUAUAAGAAACGGUGACACAUUAGUAUGGGUGAUAAAACUAUUUAAACUGUCGUCUUGGAACAAAACAAUGCCAGUGGCACCAAAGUCUCGUACAUGUAUCACAUAUCGAACAACUACUUUGGAGCCCAGUGCUAUCGUAACUAAACCCAUCAAGAAAAAUUUUAUUGCGGGUUGGGUAUGGGGUCAUGUACGCCAUGAGUACGUUAGCAUAAUGUUUGCCUUGAUGUUAUGAUCUUGAUUUAAAAGUGGAUCAUAUAACAUUACACGGAGUCCACAUAGAAAAGAAUACAAGGAUUAGCUGAGAAAUAAACCACGGAAAGGGAUUUAUUGGUGUGUGGCAUAUAUAUAUAUAUAUAUUUCAGGAUUAACAUUAAUUGCAUAUAGGAUGUAUAGGAUUAUCCGCCCCUGUCUAGAUUUUAGACACCUUGGACAAAAGUCUAGCAAGAUGUUUGCAACAAAGGCAAACACGAAGACCAUAUAAAUAACACAUAAUAAACUGAAAAUGGAGACGAUUAAGACUGCACUCAUCCAAAGUAUGGAUCAUUUACCCAACUAGACUAAUGUGUGAAACUUUCGAAUGAAGAGAUAAACUAUUGUGCUUUUUUGGAUAAGGAGCGUGGAAUGUAUUGAAUCCCGGGCUUAUGUUUAUAGUUUAUUUGACAGUCACGACCUUGUAUGACAAUGAAUAAUGGUCCGUACUGUUUACUUUAUGAGUUAAAGCCAGGUAUUUCAAAAGACAUAAUAUUAAGAUCACCCAUACAUGUGUACCCAAUUCUUAUAUACAUUUUACAUGGUAAAUUUGAUUUGUAUUUAAUACACAAUAGAUGCCUUUUGCAGUUUGCUGUUAAGAUGAGAUAGACCUAUACUCAUUCCAAAUAUAUAGCAUAUAAUUUAUUACCUGUCAACAUAAUCAACUAAAUACUGCGACCUCUAACUGCUGUUCUCUCACAUAUUUUUGUAUUGAAACCUUUGUACAAAUGACAUGUCAUACUUUUGUUAUCCUAUGUUAUCAAUGAAAGAUACUUUUCCCCAAAUACUACAGUUAAAACAAUGGUACACAUAAAGAAGAAAGGAGGGGUAUAAAUAAAGUCAUUACCACUUUAAUAUACUCAUAUUAAAUAAUAUCUACGUAUACGUAUAACUUCCGUUUUCACAUACAUAACUUCCGUUUUCGUAUCUCCCCAUAAUGUCAGCAUAAAACUAUUGGUAUUUAUAGUGGUGUUUUGCGGGGAAAAGGGCAGGGAAAUGAUAACAAACUGUCCUUUUUGUGGUAAAAGUACAUGUGAUGGUAUUUUUCUAAUAAGCUACAAUGUGUUCACCAUAACUUUAAAAAUAAAUAAAAAUAAUUACAUUUUAAUCAAGUACAUGCUGGUCAUGUUUACUCUUAUGUGUUGUUUUUAAUGCGUGGUAUUGUCCGUUAUAUAAUUAGAUAGUAAGAAACUUAGCUUUAUCUACUUGGCUUGUGCUGGCUUUUCCUGUAACAUCCUCCGCGAAGACCACUAAGCUUAUUAAAGGUCAUCAUAUAUUAACAUUAUAUAAGAAGAUUAUGUUACGUACUAACAUAUACAUGUUGCUCGUCAUAUCAUUCGACCACUCGAUAACAAACAUAAUAGCUUUAUCACCUUACAUCAGAAACAAGAAAUUGCUAAGAUUUACACUUACCCCUCGUAAAUCCCCAUUUUCCUGUUGUUCUUAAUACCAGAUUACAUCUUCUAGGAAAAUAAUUUUGUGGAAAUAAUCUUAUGCAAGAAAAAGAUAAUGUAAAGUAUCUGAUCGACAAUAAAUUGGAAAGUUUAAACAGUUUGUCGGUAUAAAAUGGUUAGAAUAUUGUCUUAGCAUGUAUCUAUAUAAAUACUUUAGAUGGUGAAUUCGGAUCUGUCCAUAAUUUUGUAAAAUGACCGUAACAACCCUCCUUUUACCAUUCUUUUAUUCCUAAUUCCAAAUUAAAGUGUUUUUCUACAGAAAAUGUUCAUAUUUUAUUGCAGAUACAAUUAAUGAGGAUGCUUCAUUUAUAUAAAACUGUUUUAAGGCGAAUAAGUUGUACAUUUGAGUGUGCUAAUGUAAUUAUUUUGUUCAUAACUUUGUGAGUAAAAAGUGAUAAUGAUAA